AUGUCAGGAACUACUCGCCCAGUUAACUGUUCCACUGCUCUGCAAAGAUUAAAACAGGAUUACCUGCGACUGUCACGAGACCCUGUACCUUUUGUAACUGCAGAACCACUUCCAACAAAUCUUUUCGAAUGGCAUUAUGUAAUUAAAGGACCUUCUGACUCACCGUACAAAGGGGGUUAUUAUCAUGGCAAACUUAUAUUCCCCAAAGACUUUCCAUUCCGCCCUCCUUCCAUAUAUAUGAUAACGCCGAAUGGUAGGUUUGCCUGCAAUACCAGACUUUGUUUAUCAAUCAGUGAUUUCCAUCCGGACACGUGGAAUCCUGCUUGGUCUGUCUCUUCUAUUCUUACAGGCUUGUUAAGUUUCAUGUUAGAAAACACUUGUACUAUGGGCAGCAUUCUAACAACAGCAAAUAUGAAGAAACAGUUAGCUAAAAGCAGUGGGGAUUUCAACCUAAAGUCUGAGAUAUUCUGUGAGCUAUUCCCUGAAAUUGUAAAGGAAAUACGUGAAAAUCUAAGAUUGGAAAAGCUUAAAAUUGAAGCACAAAAUUCACUGAAUCGUGGUCGAUCACAGACAGCGACAACGACACCGUCACCAGCAGAUGGGAACACAAAUAAUAAUGCUGAGAAUAGAAAUGAAUGGUAUAUUUCAAAAGUAUUUGUCAUUGUUGUAUUCAGUAUAUUCGCUUUUCUUGUACAACUUGUUAUGCGUUUUCUUGAACCACCGGUUUAA